AUGCCGGCCAAGAUGCCUGUCCACUACCCCUCCGAUGGCGAGGGUUUUGACUCUCGAGACAAUAACACCGAGUCUGGCUAUGUCAGUGGUGGCUCUAGUGAAGAAUACACCCCCGAGAUCGUCUUCACCAAGCCUCAUCUCCAGUUCUUGAACCGCCAGUUGCAGUUCCUCGAGCCUCAAGACAUCUUGAGAUGGUGCAUUACAUCGCUCCCCCAUCUCUUCCAGACCACGGCCUUUGGCCUCACUGGCCUGGUUACUCUGGACAUGUUGUCCAAGCUGGAAGUUCCCCGCCCCCAGAUGGUGGAUCUUAUCUUCCUCGACACCCUGCACCACUUUUCCGAGACCCUUAACCUGGUCGACCGGGUCCGUAAGCGUUACCCAUUGAACACCGUGCACGUUUACAAGCCUGCCGGUGCCGAGACUGCCAGCGAGUUUGAAUCCAAGUAUGGUGCCCGUCUGUGGGAGACUGAUGAUCAGCUCUACGAUUGGGUUGCCAAGGUUGAGCCUGCCCAGCGUGCCUACCGCGAAUUGAAUGUCCAUGCCGUGCUCACUGGCCGCCGCCGCAGCCAGGGUGGCAAGCGUGGUGACCUCGAUGUCAUUGAAGUUGACGAGGCUGGCCUUAUCAAGAUCAACCCCAUGGCCAACUGGUCCUUCGACCAAGUCAAGCAGUACGCUCGAGACAACAACGUUCCUUACAACGAGCUCCUCGAUCGCGGUUACAAGAGUGUCGGUGACUGGCACUCCACACAGCCCGUUGCCGAAAACGAGGACGAGCGCUCUGGCCGUUGGAAGGGUCAGCAGAAGACCGAGUGCGGUAUCCACAACCCCCGCUCUAAGUACGCCAUGUACCUGAUGGAGAUGGAGCGCAAGCGCCAAGAAGAAGCUUUGACAUCCGCAUUGCAGUCCCAGCUUUCUGCUACUGCGCAAUGA